AUGGCUUCUACUGAGGAACAUGAUGAUCCCGCGUGGCCGCCCGGUACCGUGCGACUGGAAGAGGAAAGUGGCUCUAUGGAGAUCAUUCCACAGCCGCUACCAUCACGAGACCCUAACGACCCUCUGAAUUGGCCCAGACCCUUGAAAUUUUGGAAUUUUGGCCUGGCCGCCUUCUACACCUUGAUGGUGUUUGCACUUAUCGACGCGGCCACUCCGACUUGGGCUCCUAUGCAUGAGCAAUUGGGCUUCAGCUACGACACUCUCAACACCAGCUAUGCUGUAGGUUGUGGUGCUCUUGCCAUAGGAGCUGUCAUCUUGAAUCCGUUCGCAUUGAAGUAUGGCCGGCGACCAGUCUACAUCCUCAGCACAGCCAUUCAGUUCGGUGUAACGAUCUGGUCUGCACACCAGCAAACGGUGGCAGAUUUGAUGAUGGUCAACAUAAUAAGCUGCUUCGUGGGCGCCCUCGCUGAAGUGGUUGUGCAAAUGACCGUGGCCGACGUAUUCUUCGUCAACCAGCGGGGCACCAUGAAUGCUUUGUUCUUUUGGUCAACUCGAAUAGGGGCCUCACUCACGCCCUUGGCGGCUGGCUAUGUGACAACGUCUCAAGGUUGGCGCUGGGUAUGGUGGUGGAUUGCCAUCUUCUUUGGUUUGCUUUUGCUGGCCAUGGUGUUUGGCUACGAGGAGACGAAGUUCAUCUUGCCUCCAAUUAGUGGCAUUAGCCAUUCUGAUGGGGGUAGAGGAAAAGUCGACGAGAACCCCAAAAGUCCUGACUUACAUAGAAAUUCUCCAUCGAACAGGAGGACCAGCCUCAAGCCGAACGGCCAAUCCAUUGGCAACGAGAUUCAACGUUUGAUGAGUCUGGCUCCCUUCACAGGGUCGACCCUGGGAACCUUACUUUGUGGUCCGCUCAGCGAUUGGUGGAUUCUGUUCGCUUCCAAACGCAAUAAGGGAAUCUAUGAGCCAGAAAUGCGACUCUGGGUUAUGGCAGCAUUUGCACCAUUCGCGCCGAUUGGCAUUAUAUUGUUUGGUGUCGGGCUCAGUAACGGCUGGUCUUGGCCCGCCCUCGCUGUGAGCUAUGCCAUGUGCAGUUUCGGAACAGCUCCAGCAGGGACCAUAUCCUUGACGUACAUAACAGAUGCCUACACAGAAAUUGUUGGCGAUGCUAUGGUCGGAGUUACCUUCGUUCGGAACAUAUGCUCCUUCAUCAUCAUCUUCGCUUUACCUCAGUGGAUCGCUUUUUCAGGAGUUCAGACUGUGUACGUCACAAUUGGCGUCUUAAUCACUGCCAUUCUGUUCGGAAGUGGGCUAUUUAUCGUCUUUGGGAAGAAGUGGAGGUUUCGCUUUCGCUUGAUGUACCGUCACUUCGCCCGGAGACAGUUUGAGCCUCGAGCGCUGUGA